ACUCGGGAUUCUGGCAUGCCCGCAGCUGACAGCAGGAGACACCUCCCCCUUCCCGGGCCGCCGAGACGCCCGCGCACGCGCACAACCGCGCUCCGGCCCUCAGAGCCCGGUGGAAGGAGGCGGGGCUCCCUGGGCGCGUGCGCGGUGGCCUGGGCUGCGGGCCCCUCCCCCGGCGGGGGCGCGCGGCGCAGAGGACCGUACGGAAAGGGGGAAGUCAGGUGGCCGCCGCCGCCGCCGUUUGUCGCCAGAAGGAAAAUGGCGGAUCUGGAGGAGCAGUUGUCUGAUGACGAGAAGGUGCGUAUAGCAGCAAAAUUCAUCAUUCAUGCCCCUCCUGGAGAAUUUAAUGAGGUGUUUAAUGAUGUUCGGUUACUGCUUAAUAAUGAUAAUCUUCUCAGGGAAGGAGCAGCCCAUGCAUUUGCACAGUAUAACUUGGACCAGUUUACUCCAGUAAAAAUUGAAGGUUAUGAAGAUCAGGUAUUGAUAACAGAACAUGGUGACUUGGGAAAUGGAAAGUUUUUGGAUCCAAAAAACAGAAUCUGUUUCAAAUUUGAUCACUUAAGAAAGGAGGCAACUGAUCCAAGACCAUAUGAAGCAGAAAAUGCAAUUGAAUCGUGGAGAACUUCAGUAGAAACUGCUCUACGAGCUUAUGUAAAAGAGCAUUAUCCAAAUGGGGUCUGCACCGUAUAUGGUAAAAAAAUAGAUGGACAACAAACCAUUAUUGCAUGCAUAGAAAGCCAUCAGUUCCAAGCAAAAAACUUUUGGAAUGGUCGUUGGAGGUCAGAGUGGAAGUUCACAGUCACUCCUUCAACCACUCAGGUGGUUGGCAUCUUGAAAAUUCAGGUUCAUUAUUAUGAAGAUGGUAAUGUUCAGCUAGUGAGUCAUAAAGAUAUACAAGAUUCCCUAACAGUGUCUAAUGAGGUGCAAACAGCAAAGGAAUUUAUAAAAAUUGUAGAAGCUGCAGAAAAUGAAUACCAGACUGCCAUCAGUGAGAAUUAUCAGACAAUGUCGGACACUACUUUCAAAGCCUUACGACGACAGUUGCCAGUUACGCGCACUAAGAUUGAUUGGAACAAGAUCCUUAGCUACAAGAUUGGCAAAGAAAUGCAGAAUGCAUAAGAUGAACGCUGCAUGGCUGGAUCAUUUUAGUGUCUUUGCAUUUUUAAAAAAUCAUUUUUUGCAAAAGUAUUCAAAACUGUCAAGCUACCCAUUCAGAUGGGCUGUUGCCAUUUAAAGUCACUGUAAUUAGUUUGGUUAGAGCACAAAGCUUAGCUAAUCAACCAUUAUUUUUCAUUUCUUUUGUCCAAAGAGGAUUGAAAAUCAGUUUAGUUUAAAUGUCUUUUACUUUCUGUUAUGCCUUUCUUACAAUGAAGAGAUGAUUCCUCUAGUUUAAUGUUAAAAAUUUUUGAAAAAUUUUACUUACUGUAGCCCUAAAAUCAUUGUCCUUUGAUUUAUGAAGUGGGCAACUUUUGAUAUUUGCCCAGUUCUUUUUAAUGGGGUCAAUAAUGGAUAUUCUAGUUUAAGGUGGUUGAUGGAUUUAGCCAUAUGUGCUGCUAAAGAAAUUGUCUACCUUUUCCUCCCCCGUCCUUACCUCUUCCAUUUAUGUAAGAUUAAGAUUAGAGGGAAAGCAUUUUCUAUUUCAAUUGUGUUUCAACCUUUCAAGGUUAUUUAGCUAGCUAGUGUUUAACUAAACUUUUUUUAAUAAGGCCAAGGUCUAAAGCUCUUUUGAGAUUCUGAAAUUAAAUGAAAAUACUUAUUUCAGAAAUGCAUUUAAUGCUUUUUUUUCUUGUGACAGUUACGCAAAUUAGCUUGAAUUCCAUAUGUCCCUGAGUUAUUUUUAUCAUAAAGCCACAAAUGUACUAUAACAAGGCAAAUUGUAAUAUAUAUAAUCCUGAACUCAUGACCAUGUCUCAGUUUAUUUCUUUUCUUGGAUUGAAAAGUACUGAAAUACAAUGUGACAUUAAAAUGAAAAUUUUCCUAUUUAUUU